AUGGCAAAUAACGGCAUCGCUCAUAAGUACUCCAAACGCCUCAUCGCAUUCGAGCACAACCCCCGCCCACUAUCCAGCGCAGCGCCAAACACUUUGCUCUGGGUCGGAGGCCUAACAGAUGGCCUCCUCACCGUCCCAUACCCCUCCGCCAUCGCCAAUAAACUUCCAUCUGACUGGGUCAUAUCCGAAGUCCUCAUCUCCUCGUCCUACAAAGGCUGGGGUACUGGUAGCCUCGCUCGCGAUGCGCGUGAGCUCGGCGAAUGCGUGUCCUACUUUAGGAAGCUACGGCCAGAGACGAAGAUUGUAAUCAUGGGCCACUCAACGGGAUGUCAAGAUAUCAUGGAGUAUCUGCUUGGGAAGGGACACGAGGGGAGGGAGUCGUUGGACGGGGUCAUACUGCAGGGCGGUGUCAGUGAUCGAGAGGCAUGGGAGGACUACUAUAAAGAAGGAGAGAAAAGGAAAGAGCUGGAAGAAGCGAUUAGGAAAUCCAAGGAAUUGAUCGAUAUGGGCAAAGCCAAGGAGAUCCUGUCGCCCGAGAGCAACGCUGUAUUCAAGGAUAUGGGGGGACCACUCAACGCAUACCGAGCAUACUCGCUCCUCUCAAAGGGCGGAGAUGACGACUACUUCUCGAGCGACCUUUCCGACGAACACUUUGCGACAACGUUUGGCAAAAUCUCAAAGAGCACGCCGGUAUGCUUCCUGCUAGGAUCCAAGGACCCGUAUGUGCCUGCAAAGAUCGACAGAGCAGCAUUGCUUCAGCGCUGGACAAGGAUAAUUCGCGAAGGCGGCGGGGUUGUAGAUGACGAAGAUGGUGGCGUGAUUCCAGGGGCACACCACAAUCUUGACGAUGACCCUGAAGAAGUAGUCCAGGAUCUUGUCAAAAGGGUAUGCGGUUUUGUUACCGGGCUGGACAAGGACACAAGCCCCAAGUGGAAGAAGGCUGGGUCUCACCUUUGA